AUGGGAUACGACUCUCUUCACGCCCAAGCGCGUUCCGCGCCCCCAUAUCUCGUGGCAUUCGUUGUCGUCCUCCUAACAGCUUACGCCUCGGACCGUGCACGCACACGAAGCCCCUAUCUCAUCGCACACGCCCUCAUCUCCUCCGCUGCGUACCUCGCCAUCGCAAUAACGGGUCACUUCCAAGAUCACAUCUCUCCAGGGCUGAGUAUAUUCAUCCGAUAUGUUUGUGUAUUUCCAGCUACGGCGGGAUUUUUCUCAGCAAUCACAUUAAUCAUCACCUGGUCAAUGGAUAACCGAGUCGAAAAGGAAGGUAAAGGAGCCAGCAUCGCCAUCUUGAAUGUCAUCGGGCAGUGUGGACCAUUACUCGGAACACGAUUGUACCCUGAGUCCGACGGGCCGUGGUAUGUUCGUGGUAUGGCAACUUGCUCAUUUUUCAUGAUUGUCGUCGCCAUCCUGGCCCUCGUGUUGCGGAUCUUGUUACAGAGAGAGAACCGGGCCGUCGCCAAUGAUGAGGACCACGGAACGGUGGAUCCAGGCGAGGAGCGAGAAGAGCUUAUGGGCGGCGGAAGAAGGGAUGAUUUUGAACGAUCUGGUGAUCAAAGACUUGUGUAUAUCAUUUAA